CAGAAAAGACACGCACCACCCGGAAGGCCUUCCCGCCACACUCCAGAGCGGGCGUGAGGGGUGCUGAUGGCGGAGGGAGAGGCGGAGGCUCCAAAAGAGAGUGGUGGUGGCGUCGACUCAGGAGCGGGCGCGUCAGAACGAGGAGUGGCGCCUAUUAAACCUCAAUACCUCACCACCAAGGAGCAGUUUCACAAAUUCCUGGAAGCCAAUGGGCAGGAGAAGAAGCCUUGCCAGAAAACCGAGGCCAGAGACUCUGGUGGCAGUGACCUGGCUGAGCCUGAGGCCAAGCGGAUCCGACUGGAGGAUGGACAGACGGAGGAUGGGCAGGAGGAGGACAGGCAGACGGGGGACAGGCAGACGCGGGAGGCAGUUGAGCGCGGGGAGCGGCUGCAGGCUCAGAAGAGGGCCCGGGGCCAGAACAAGGGCCGGCCCCACGUGAAGCCCACGCACUACGACAAGAACAGGUUGUGCCCCUCGCUGAUCCAGGAGUCAGCCGCGAAGUGUUUCUUCGGCGACCGCUGCCGCUUCCUGCACGACGUGGGCCGCUACCUGGAGACCAAGCCCGCUGACCUGGGGCCCCGCUGUGUGCUGUUCGAGACCUUCGGCCGCUGCCCCUUCGGCGUGACCUGCCGCUUCGCCGGGGCCCACCUGGGGCCCGAGGGCCAGAACCUGGUGCGGGAGCAGCUGGCGGGCGGCUGUGGCCCGCCCCCGCCUGUGCGCAACGGCCUGGACAAGGCCCUGCAGCAGCAGCUGCGGAAACGCAAGGUCCGCUUCGAGCGCGCCGAGCAGGCCAUGCGUGAGAUGAGCCGGGACCCGCCACGCGGCCCUCCCCCCGCCGCCGCCCCCGAGGUCACCUCCGCGUCGCCGCGACCGAGGGGUGCUCCGGGGCAGAGCAACUGUGACCAGCAGGUCACGGCAGGGCCCCGCAGCGGCAGCCCUCCCGACAGCCCCCUUCGGACCUGUGGGCCCCUGACGGAUGAGGACGUAGUUAGGCCGCGGCCCUGUGAGAAAAAGCAGCUGAAUAUCAGUGGCAAACUGUACCUGGCGCCCCUCACCACGUGCGGGAACCUGCCCUUCCGCCGGGUGUGCAAGCGCUUCGGGGCGGACGUGACCUGCGGGGAGAUGGCCGUCUGCACCAACCUGCUGCAGGGCCAGAUGUCCGAGUGGGCCCUGCUCAAACGCCACCAGUGUGAGGACAUCUUCGGUGUCCAGGUCAGUUCCCCGAGGCGGGAGGGGCUCCCGGCCGCGGUGUCCCGGGCCG